CCGCCAUCAUGGCUGCCUACCGGCCCGGGGUGCUCGUGGGCAACUGGAAGGAGGAGGCGUGCCUGGAGGAGGAGCGCCUGAGGGACUUCAUGCAGAAGAGAGAACGGGGAGAACUUCUAAUGCAGAAAAUCAACAGACUGAAGGAUAACCUUUUAAAGAAGGUGCAGCUGUCGGUGUCUAAGGAUGGAUUCGUUUGCUUUGGAGACACGGUGAUGCUCCUGAGCCCAGGCAAGGAGCCCUCAGUGCAGUGUGAUGUUGAGGCACAUGGUGAGCUGACGCUGGCAGUUAACCUGGAGGAGGUGUCCAUCUAUUCGGCUGUGGCUCUGCAUGCACCCUGCGCACUGAGCGCCAUCACCACCACCAGCCCUGUGGGAAGGAACACGUUCUGUGUUUUAAGCAUUGAUGGAGAAUCAGUGGGUGAACCUGUUAAAUUUGGGCAAAAGUUUGGUCUUGGAACAACAGGAGGGUUUUCUGAUCCAAUGUUAUAUCUAGCAAGUGACCAUAAGUCAUUUAUGAGAUUUGCCAAAAAAUCUUACCUUCAGCAAGUAUUUUUGACAGAUGAGCUUUCCUAUUUGACGUGCUGGCAAGCAACCUUCUUGGAUCCACAACUGCGUCUUGAAUAUGAAGGAUUUCCCAUUCCUGCAAACUCUAAACUGAUUAUUACUCAUUGCCAUACUAAUAGAAGUUUAGCUGUUCCAAGGAACUUUUCGACAAGGUCUUAUUUUGGAAGGGAAUAUGAAGUAAUUUGUCACACUUACCUGGACUCCCAUCGAGUUGAAGAAGACAAGAAUUACUGGGUAAUAGCUACAGGAAAUCCUGGUGACGAGGGUGGUACAAUGCUCCAUAGACCUGAACCUCAGCCAGGAGGAAAAGGAAAGAACGAGUUUCAUGAAGAGACAAAGAACGUAAAAAUCCCAGAUUCCAACUGACACAGAUUGCUUAGAUUCUGAUUCUUAUUUUUCUGAUUUUCAGAUUUUAGCAUUUGAAAUGUUUAUUUUAAAAAGAGAUAUGGAAACCUACCAUAAAAAAUUUAAUAUAAUCUCAUCAUAUGUGGAUGGCAAAAGGAUUACUAAUACACACUCAUACACAACAUCAAAAAGCUGAUGAAUCAAGAAAAGCUCAUUUUCCUACUUGCACAUUCCCUGGUGGCAAAAGAAGUUAGAACAUAUUGAAUUGAAUUGCACUCAAUUACUGGCCUUCUGGGUGUUUUUAACCAAUGCUUCCUAACCCAAAUCAGGAUCACCGUUUUGAAAAGAGUGAGCAUACAUUUUCCAAAACAGUAAAGACCAAACUUAUGCAAGCUAUCAUGUGAUGCUUUGACAUCUAAAGAUUGGUGGAAAGAAAUUAGGUGGUUGAGCUUGUUCCACACUCUAUCAUGAGAAAGGGGAAAGGACUGCCUGCACUGCUGGAAAAUGAACAGGAUUGAAUUAACAAUUCCUGAUGCUCUAAUACAAUUUUAAUCUAAUACAAUUUUAAAACCACAGAUUUUUCAGAUUUAUAUCACUUUUCUUUUUUCCUUUGCAACUUUUUUUUUUUUUUUUUAACACUUCUUCAUAUAGUCCACACGAUGGCACCACAUUCUUUUAAACACUGUGAUUAUUUCCAGCAGGAUUAUUCCUACAUGUGUUAAAACAACCUGAAUCAUUUACAUUCCAUUGAGUCCCUGAUACAAUGCCACUAAAGAACCAGAAUGAAUCAAGCUCAAAUUUUGGGCUCUGAGGUGUGAGUGAUGUUCUGUUGUCUUUUUAGAAAAUAAAAUCAGUUUAAGCAACAAAUGUAGACAGAAUAAUGUACAACACUGUGCAUUGUGUGCUAUCAAU